AUGUUCAAGGCCCUCAAGUCUAUCGCCGGAGGCUCGGUCUCCAUGCAGAUCGAGCUCACGGAUGCCUUUGAUACUGCCAAGGACGGCAACCCCUCGAUCGCCGUUCCCCUCGAUGCGGACCACAUCUCUGGAGUCGUCCAUCUCAACAACUCGACGGCCAAGAUCGUCAUCAUCACCAAGCUGCUUAUUGCUCUCUCCGUCGGUCAGGGAUAUCUCAAUGCCGCCGCUGCCGGCAUGAUCCAGGGCGACAAAACCUCAAAGGCGCUGCCCACCGGCUCGUUCCAUCGCCGUCCCAUACACAAAGUCGAGCACAUCCUCGUUCCGGACGUCAAGCAGGUCCCGCCCGGCGUGUCCUCGUUCCCGUUCAUCCUCCCCAUCAAUCCCGCUGUGCCACCCAGCUUCAAGGGCGUCGAAUCCGACAACUCCUCCGAAAUCUGCUACCGGCUUGUUGGCGCCAUGUGGAAAACGAGUCUCGAGCCCAGCCUCACCAAGGAGCUUAUCCUGAACGUUCGUCGCUCGGUGCCGUGGAGCAAGCCCGAGGACCGGUACUUCCACGGUACCAAUCGAGACAGCAAAGAGCUGCCGUAUACGUACUACGUUGGCAUCCCCGACCCCGUUUAUAGCUCGGCAGAGUUCUUCAACGUCACCCUGUCCUUCGACAGCACUCCUGGCCUCAACAUCAACAUCAUGAAUGCCGAGCUCGCGUUCAUUGAAACCUACUCGCAGGGAAACCGAACCGACAGCAAGUUUAAGGUCACCGAAAAGAAGAUUACUUCUCGCCCCAUCAAGGCCCAGGAAAUCGAUGCCGAAUCGCGAAAAGCCAUCCGGCCUCACACCGAGAACUUCCUGGGCCCCGUCUUGUUCACCGUCUUCCUCAACGUUGGCGAGACCCUGCACCACGACUUUAGUUCCCCCGAGGCCAACGGUCUGGUCAUCCAGCAUCAUGUCCAGAUCUCGGUUGGCUCCAAGUUUUCGGUCGCCAUUCCUGUGCGGAUCCUGGUGGCCCAGGUUGGCUCAACGCGGACGGCAAGCAUCGACGCCAGCAACAUCCGAAGCAUCGUCACCCCGGGCUCGGCAUCGACUGUGCCCGGCGUCCCUCGUGCCAGCAUGGACUCCCAGCGCGCUCCUCGAUCCAGCGUCGACGUCCAGCGAAACACCGUGUCAUCACUGCCUGGCGUUUCCUCCCCCGGUCCUGCUUAUAGGACGGCGUAUCAGUCCUCGCCGGCGCUGUCUCCCUAUCAGGGCUAUGGCGGAGCCACUGGCGCUGGCUAUGUCACCGGCGCGGCGCAACAAGCACCGUCUAUCCGAUCCAUCUCUGUGGCUGACAAGGACAGAGGCGCCAAUGGCCAGACGAUGGACUGGGAGGUCAUCCGAGUCUACCAGCCGAUCGAAGUCGAUGAGCUUCCUCUCGCCCCCGGAGACUUUGUGACGAUCGAACAACCGUUCGAGGAUCACUGGGCCUUGGGCACACAUCUGGGCUCGGGACGCCAGGGCUUCUUCCCUCUCUGCAUCCUCUCUGGAUUUGACGGCAGCGUCCAGAACCGUACGUCGAGCCGAAUCGCCACUGCCCAAAGCACGGCACUUGCCUAUGCCCAGCUCCAACAAAAGCUCCCUCAGCAGCAGCAACAGCCGCAGCCACAACAGCCCUUUGUGCAAAACUACCAAGACGACCUGGCUCUGUCGAUGCAGCAUGUGCAGAUCGCCAAUGCGCCACCCUCGAUGCCCCCGCCGUCCGUGAUCUCGACUUCGACUGGCCAUGUGGAUUUUGGAAACCUCCCUCGGUACACCGUUGUCAAGCCCUACAACCCGCAGCUGCCUGACGAGCUCACGAUGAUCGUCGGAAACACCGUCGUUGUUGCUCACAACUUUGGUGACGGCUGGGCCAAGGGAACCAAUAUGUCGAUUGGACAGUCUGGAGUUUUUCCCCUGAACUGCCUCGGCCCCGAACAGCUUGUGCUCUCGUCGGGCUACCCAACAUCGGAAGUGAGCUACCAAAGCGGCGCCUCGCAGAUCCCCAUGGUCAUGAAUCCGUCCCAGGGUGCUGAUCCUAACACCAUCAAGGGCUACACCGACGACGUUUCGAUCACCUCGCCCGUGCCUGCCAGCGAUGGCAACUUCCGCAACAGCCAGGAUGUGUCGGGCUCGGAUCCCAAUGCCCUUGGUGGCGAGCCCCAACGCGGCCGCCGAGGCUCCAAGAGCAACACCAUCAACAGCACCCACUCCCGAGGCGACUCGAACCCGCAACCAAACCAGUCUCAGUCCCAGUCUCAGUCCAACCCUGCCUCGCCAUCGCUGUCGCACGUCACGGCAUCGACGGUUCCUGUCGCCAACAGCCUCGAGGAGCUUGACGAGCUGCUGGUCGAGGAGAAAAUCAACGGCGCAGAGUACAUUCGCCAACGAAGCAGGCUCGCUGCCCUGGCUGAGCUUGACGCCAAGCUGAUGGCCGGCGAGAUUGCUGGACCCGAGUACAUUCAAAAGCGAAACGCCUUGAUGAAGAAGAAAUAG